AUUUUCGAAUGACGAAUGUGAACACACACACGGAUUCACAGAUUGAGAGAUUCGUCGGACUGGAACAAUCGGAAUCGAAGGAAUUAAAAUCGUAAAAUUUUAGCGAGUGGUGAAGACGACGACGACGACGGCUCGAAUGUAAAAGCUGCGAAUUUUUGUGUAAUUUUGUAGAUUGUGGAGGCUGUAGAAAAUAAAGAAUAAGUCGCUAACGAUUUUAACUAAUUAUAAGCGCGUGUGCAACAAUAAAUAUGCGAAGACGCAAAUUAAAGUGUUGAACGGACGAAAGCAAAUAUAUUUGAAGUCAGACGAGCAUUAAUUACGAGUAAAAAAAAUAUAUAUAUAUAAACUGAAUUGAAUCAGAAAGGAAUGAAAAAAGUGAAAUAGUGUGGCCAGCGCGAAAAACGUGAAGCUAUAGCUAUUGCAUAUAUAGCAAAGAACAUAAAGACAUAGCGGUGGAGAUUUUUAGAUUUAGCCGAUUUCAUCGUUGCGGUAGCGGCGGAUUAUUUUCGCUGCGCGAAUACUACUUCCAUAUGUAUAACCACACUCCACAAAAUUGUUGAAAAACAAUGACUUCGAAAAGUUUUGAGAAAUUUGAAUUAUAAAUUCAAAAUCCCGUUAGAUAAUCUUCCUUUUCCCGGCGAUUUGCUGAAGGAAAAAGCUGCCAUUGUGCAUUAAUUAAUUGUCUAUUGUCUGCCAAUACACAACCAGUUGAGUAGCGCAAGGGACUAACUAGCAUCGAAAGCUUUCAAAGUAUUUUUAUGUUGCAGACUGAAAAGUACGGAAGAGUUGCUGACCUUGCACUGGAAUUUGUGGGUAACAAAAUAUUCAAAAGAAAGCUUAGAGUAAAACUAAAAAGAUUAAGAGUAGUCAAUUUGGAGGAAAAUAUGACAACAGAUACCCGCCGACGUGUUAAAUUGUACGCUCUGAAUGCGGAGCGACAAUGGGAUGAUCGUGGAACUGGUCAUGUAUCUUCGAAUUAUGUGGAUAGACUAAAAGGUAUUUCAUUGUUGGUGCGUGCCGAAUCGGAUGGUUCCUUACUUUUGGAAAGUAAAAUUCAGCCCGACACCGCCUACCAAAAACAACAGGAUACACUGAUCGUAUGGUCAGAGGGCGAUAAUUUCGAUUUGGCAUUAAGCUUUCAGGAGAAAGCUGGUUGCGAUGAAAUAUGGGAAAAAAUUUGUCAGGUUCAAGGUAAGGAUCCAUCAGUUGAAAUAACGCAGGAUAUCGUUGAAGAAUCCGAAGAUGAGCGUUUUGAGGAUAUGUCAGACACGGCACCGCCCAUUGAGUUGCCGCCAUGUGAGCUUGCACGUCUGGAAGAGAUAUCCGAGACCAUACAGAAUUGUUUAACCACACCUUUGCGAAAGGAAAAGCUUUCCAUGGCUUUAGAAUCCGAAAACUAUAUUAAGAAAUUGUUAAAUCUAUUCCAUGUGUGCGAGGAUCUCGACAAUACGGAGGGUUUGCAUCACCUCUUCGAAAUUUUCAAGAACAUUUUUCUAUUAAACAAGAAUGCAUUGUUCGAAAUUAUGUUCGCCGAAGAUACUAUUUUCGAUGUGGUUGGCUGCCUAGAGUAUGAUCCGAGUUCCACCCAACCAAAGAAGCAUCGUCAGUAUUUAAAACAAUGGGCCAAGUUCCGCGAAGCAGUACCGAUUAAGAAUCAGGAUCUGCUCGCUAAAAUUCACCAAACGUUCCGUGUACAAUACAUACAAGAUAUUAUUUUGCCGACCCCAUCGGUAUUUGUCGAAGACAACAUGUUGAACACGCUGUCCAGUUUUAUAUUCUUCAAUAAAGUGGAAAUUGUCACACUCAUACAAGAGGAUGAACGCUUCCUGGUCGAUAUGUUCACACUUUUAACAGAUCCCAGCACCAACGAUGCCAAGCGUCGCGAUAUUGUGCUAUUCCUAAAGGAAUUCUGCAAUUAUGCACAAAAUUUACAACCGCAAGGCAAGGACUCUUUCUACAAGACACUCACCUGUUUGGGCAUAUUGCAAGCACUCGAGAUCACAUUGGUGAUGAACGACGAAAAGACCAAGGCCGCCUCAAUAGACAUACUCACAGCGAUUGUGGAGUUCUCACCGUUGGUCGUACGCAAUUACACACUGCAGCAGGUCAACCGCACAGAGGGGGUAAGUGUGGAUCGCAUGUUAUUGAACAUUGCCAUUGAACAAAUGUUGAGCGACUCAGAGCCGGAGCUGGGGGUCGCCGUGCAAUUAAUGGGCAUCAUUAAGAUUUUAUUGGAACCAGAAAGUAUGCUAACUGAGAAAGCAGACUUUUUGAAUUUCUUCUAUAAGCAUAGCAUACAAACACUGAUUGCACCACUACUUAUUAACACAAUCGGUGAUCGUCCAGAUAGUGAAGACUACCAAACCGCACAAUUGCUUGGCAUUGUUUUGGACAUAUUGUCAUUUUGUGUGGAGCAUCAUACUUAUCAUAUUAAGAACUUUAUCAUACAAAAGGAUCUCCUAAAGAGAAUACUUGUGCUUAUGAAAAGCACACAUACGUUCCUCGUACUUGGCGCGCUUAGACUUUUAAGGAAAAUUAUUGCACUUAAAGACGAGUUUUACAAUAGGCAUAUAGUUAAAUGUAACUUAUUUGCACCAGUUGUCGACGCAUUCAUUAGAAAUAACGGCAGAUACAAUUUACUCGAAUCGGCUAUUCUGGAAUUGUUCGAGUUUGUAAAACUUGAAGACAUCAAAACACUUUGCGUCUAUUUCGUGGAGAAUUUCAGUAAAAUAUUUGAUGAAAUCGAAUACGUACAAACAUUUAAAUAUCUCAAAAAUCGCUACGAUCAGUAUCAAGACCGAAUAAAGGAUCGCGACAAGAUGUCGCUGGAUACCGGUAUACCCAUUAUACGUAGUCGUUUCCGCCGUGACCCGCGACAAAUGGACGACGAAGAGGAGAUGUGGUUCAAUGAGGAGGAGGAUUUCGCCGACGAAUAUGACACCUAUAACAGUGUUAUGAAAUCCGUCACCGAAAAGAAUGGCCCUUCACAAUCUCCGUCACAGCAACAAUCAUCGAUGCAACAAAAAUCGCCACCCCAAGGUGCACAACAUGGCGGCCUGCUGGGCAGCAGUAGCAGCGUGAAUAGUUUGAGCUCCACAACGACUACUUCAACGACAUUAACACCGGCUGUAGGCGUUAGCGGUGUCGGUGGUGUCUCAUCCAUCAGCGGUGUGAGUCUCAGCGAUGUGGUUUCGAAUGCGUCCAAUAGUAGUAGUAGUAUUGAGCAUUCACAGUCUGCCGCUGUUGCCACACAGGCGCAUUUAGGUGCAGCUGCUGUGGCAGCCAAUAUUGCGCUUCAUCAUCAGCAGCAAACGGCACUGCACAAUUUCCAGCAACAACAGCAGCAACUAAAUUUGAAUAGCACAUUGGUGGCAGCAGCUGCAGCCGCUGCGGCAGGUGUGGCCAGCACAUCGGCAGCUGGUGCUGCCCAUUUGGAGGCGCAGAAUCAACACCAGCAUCAACAUCAACAUCCAGAACAUUCACACGAAGAUCCCGAUAUUGUUGAACUGCGUCAGCAUUUGGUUUCGAUUGUACCACAUCAAGAAUCGGCAUUGGCCGCCGCCGCAACAUCAUCAUCAACUGCCGUCACAGCGUCACCAUCGUCAGCGGUUACAGCCCUGCAAUCGCAAUCGUCGUCAUCAGCAUCGAUAGCAACACCAUCCACAUCGUCUGCACUAUCAGAGACGGCGGCUGCCGCUGCAGCAGCAGCAGCUGCUUCCCAGCUACUGACUUCGAUUGCAUCGAGUGAUGCCGUCGCUGCGGUGGCCGCCGCUGCAGCAGCAGCUGUUGCGGCCACAGUGACAGGUGUGACGCCCAAUAUGAGUGGCGGUGGUGGUGUAGUAACUGCGGCGAGUUUGGCUGCAGCCGUUGUGAAGCACAACGACAGUAUCGAUAAUAUGGGUAGCGGUAACAGCAAAGAGGGAGGAGCUAUUUCGACGGUCGUCACUGGGGAGAGUAUUUUGAAGAAGGGUCUUGUUGAUUAUGAGAGUGACUCCGGCGAUGAGGAUGACUACGAGGAAGAGGAGGAGGAGGAGUCGCCGCACCAGAAGAAGCCACGUUUGGCAUAGCAAAAUUACGCUACUAAUGCAGCAGCCGCAGCGGCGGCGGCAGCAGCAGCAGCGGCCGCCGCAGCUGCAGAAUCAAUUAUUAAAACAUUCGCAACAAUGUCUUCAACACAUUACAACAACAACUGCAACAAUUUGUAAAAGCAAUAGCCAUAAAAAAUUGUAGUAGCCCGUGCCGUACAGCAAAGUACAAGCCAGCAGCUGCAGCAACAACAAUUACAACAUUAGGUGUAACAGAAAUACAAUAAUCAUAGAGCAAAUAAUUAACGAUAACAACAACAAAGCAGCAAGCAACAACCAGUCGGUCUAUGUGACUAAACAACAACAACAGCAACAGCAACAACAAGCUAAGCCACAGAAGAAUGCGAGCGUAAGAAAUUGGAGGGAACUUUUGGUGUUGAUUGUUGAUAACUGACACUGCAGGUGGAUGAAUGACAGACAAAAUUAAAAUUAAAGAAAAAGCAAAAACGUACAUACAUAAUUAAACAUAGAUGCAUAGAUACAUACUACAUACAAGUAUAUAACGCGUAAUCUACUAGAGAAUAAAUAAAAUGAAAUUAAAUUCGCAAAAUACUAAUUAAAUAAAUUUUGCCGAAUUAUAAA